UUGCUACUCUUCAGUUCAGAGUUUUACACAUUACACAUUACACCACAGGAACAUUACUCCGAUUAUUAUUGCAGAUAGUGUGGGUCAGGGGCUUUAAAGGAGAGGUUGUUUAGUUUACCUUUCUAUCACCCCAGAUAUUAAAAUAUGCAGACACCAAAAGCAAGAACUGGUACUUCUCCUGCAACUCCUCGCGCUGCUCGCCAAUUGAAGACACCAGGCUCUGAUUCUGACUCAGUUUCAUCGUCUCCAAACCCAGCAAACAAGACUCCAAAAGAUAAGAGUCCAAAGGUCAUUGAACGCAAGUCACCAAGAAGUCCAAUUUCUGAGAAGAAGCGACCAAGUAAGGUCCAGGAAUUGGUGUCUCAACUUUCUCAACUUGAAGAAGAUCUAAAGAGAGCUAAGGAACAACUUAACUCAUCUGAGUCAUGGAAGAGAAAAGCUCAGCAGGAAGCUGAAGAGGCAAAGAAGCACCUUUUAGCCAUGUCAAAAGAGCUGGAGGAAUCCCAGCAACAGCUUCUGGAACUAUCUGCUUCUGAAGAAGAACGGCUUCAAGAGCUCAGAAAAAUUUCUCAGGAUCGAGAUCGAGCAUGGCAAUCUGAACUAGAGGCUAUUCAGAAGCAGCACUCAAUGGAUUCAACUGCUUUGUUGUCUGCCAUGAAUGAAAUUCAGAAACUGAAAAUUCAACUUGAAAGAGUACGUGAAUCUGAAGCUGCUCAGAUUAACAAUGCUGAGUCAGCUAAUGAUGAGAUUCAGGACUUGAGGAUGGAGCUUGAUGAAACUCUCUCUUUAGUGGAAAAGCUGAAAAAUGAGGUAAGGGAUUGCAAAGAAUCUGAAUCCCGGGCUUUGGAAGUAGUUGGCAAAACUCAAAUGCAAUUGGAAACAGCAAAUAAGACUGUGGAAACACUCAAGUUAGAAGGUGUGAAAGCCUCAGAAGCUUACAAAUCCUUAGCUUUAGAGUUGGAGCAAUCAAGAACUCAAGCAAAAUCAUUGGAGGAACAUGUGAGCAAACUUCAGGCUGAUUUGGUUAUUGGUGCUAACAAAAAUAUGUUAGGCCCAAUCAAUGAAACAGGACUUGCACUUGAAAAUGAAGAAAACGAGGAGAAAAACCAGCUCAAAGCUGAUCUUGUCUCAGCCAAAUCUGAAGCAGCAAAGUUAAAAUCUGCGUUGGAUGUUGCCGAGGUACGAUACCAAGAAGAGUACAUCCAGAGCACUUUGCAGAUAAGAAGUGCUUAUGAACAACUGGAGCAUACAAAAUCUGAAUCUUAUAAGAGACAGGCUGAAUUAUAUGAGGAAUUAAAGAGAGCUAAAGCUGAUAUUGAGGAGUUAUCGGCACGCCUGAUGGACAAGGAAACUCAGUUGCAGGGUGUAUCAGAGGAGAAUGAGGGGCUGAAGUCAAGGAUCAAGCAAAACCAGCCUAGUGAAAGAGAAUCUGAACUUGUGGUGGAGCUCAAAAAAUUGGAUGCUGAUAUAGCUUUGUUGAAGGCAAGAUUAUUGGACAGCGAGACAGAACUGCAAAAUAUAACUAAUGAAAACAAUACUCUCAAGAUGGAAAUAAACAAGGGGGAGUUAGAGAAGAAUAAAAUCACCAAUGAGGCUGUUGCUUCAGCAGAAGAAGCAAGGGCUUCGGAGCACGAGGCUUUGAUGAAACUUGAUUACAUAACAGAAGAAGCUGAUAAAAGUAGCAGAAGGGUAUCAAGGGUAACUGAACAGUUAGAUGCUGCACAGGCUGCGAAUUCCGAGCUAGAGGCUGAAUUAAGGAGAUUGAAAGUGCAAUCAGACCAGUGGAGAAAAGCAGCUGAAGCUGCUGCUGCUAUGCUUUCUACUGGAAACAAUGGAAAGUUUGGGGAGAGAAUAGGUUCUCUUGACAGUAGCUACCAUUCUAUUGCUGGCAAGAUGAGUUCACCUUAUUCGGAAGACACAGAUGAUGAUGACUCACCCAAGAAGAAAAAUAAAAACAUGUUGAAGAAGAUUGGAGUGCUAUGGAAGAAGAAUCAUUAAUAGAUGGGUCAAGUGGACGUCCUUUAAAAAGAUACAAGUUAUGUCCUUUUAGUGACUUACACAACGUCUGACCUGUCAGACUUUGUGUAAAUCACCUAAAAGGACUUGUGUCCUUUUAAAGGAUACUAUUUUUUCCCUUAAUAGAUAUAUGUAUGGCAAGUAGUGUAUCAAUGUAUCAUAUAUGUUGUUUCGUUGUACUUGUUUACUUUUGGUUAUUGUCAGGUAUCCUUUGGUUUGAUCACCAUUCAAACAAUCCUUGGGGGACAUUUGCCUUGAGAAGGUUGUGUCACAAAUAUUUUGAAGAUACAUUGAAAAUGCUGAGGUUCAAUGGUUCCAGUUCCCGAACUUGCUGCUUGCUUCGGCUCUGUAAUAGAGCAGUGAGUGUUUAUGUACAUGUAUUCGAUCUUGUUAUUUGAGACUAAUGUCAUGUCAGUAUUGUU